AUGUCCGACUAUCACUGUCUCGUCAAUCCUACCCAGAUUGCUAGCCCACCCACCUAUGCAUUCCAUCUCUCUGGAUCAUUCCCCCAAGUCAUGGCUGCCCGAGGCCGUCUGUUGCGCGAACAACCCUUCCAAGUCGAAAGCCUUGUCGCCGUCGAUCGCAACGACGUCCUCGAAAACGGCCCCAACGUACGCCCCGUGAUGAAGAUCAGAUUGGACGAAAUCGCCUCGGCCAGUCGUGCCCAUCUAUCCAUCGUUGGCAAUCCCCGUGAUGGUGGCGGGAUCGAUGUAGUGGUUCGUGGAGAUGCAGAGGCAGUCGAGGAAGCCCGAGUUAGACUAUUGGUCCUGCUCGAUCAACUCAAUGGUUUACACUCUGAGGUUUGCGAAAUCGACUACAAGUUGCAUCAUAUCAUUGCUGGUCGCAAGCGCUCGGUUAUCCAAUCUAUCCAAGAGGAAACCGCGACUAAUAUCUAUUUCCCUUCGGCUCUAUCUGGUGGUGGUAUCCUUGGCGCCCGUUCUGCAUCAUUGGUAGAAAAGCAAAACAUGAUCUUUAUCACUGGUGAAUUCUUUGGUGUUCAGCGUGCUCGAGAGAUGUUGUUCCAAGUGUCGAUGCACAAAAGUAAAUGUAUUAUAUCCAGAGACACGGCUAUGCUCCCCAGAAAGUUGGAUUGGUUACUUAUGGAAAAAUUAUCCCAGCUCCAGGAAAUUAUGUAUGAUAACGGCACAUUCAUCAACUUUCCACCCAUUGGUAGCCAGGUCAGCGUGCUUUCGGUAUAUGGCGAUCAUCGUGUUCACAUUGAACGUACUAUCAGAAGCCUCAUGCAAUUAGCCUGCGAGUUUUACAUUGCCAACGUUUGGUUACUCCCUAAGUCAAUCCAAGAUGUCUAUCCGAAUGGCUCGCAGCCUAGUAUUGUCAACCAGGCCGCAAUUCAAUCUGACGGCAAUCGCAUUGCAAUCGAAUCCGGCGCCGAAGUGGUCUUUAAAAGUACAAAUAGCUUUGAAGUCUAUGGCACGGAGAAAGUUACCAAACGAGCUGUUGAAAAAAUACUGGAGUUAGACAUGGUCAAAAACUCUCAGGUCGAAAUCCGAUUCCAGGUCGAGCUGGCUUGUGAACAUCGUGACUUUAUAUCGGGCAAGAAAAAUGGAAAAUUAAACAAGAUUAUGAAGACUUCGAACGUCAAGAUCAAGUUUGAAUCAUUCAAUGACUACAACUUUAUGCUUAACCUCUCCGGUAAUCCUGCGACUGCCAUGAUGGGCUUGAGCUUGCUGGAGGAAGAACUUCCGGCCGAGAUUUCGUUCCAUAUUCCUGAAGGUUACCAUAAGCGAAUCAUCGGGGUCGGCGGCAAAAAUAUCCAAAGGAUCAUGAAGAAAUAUGGAGUUUACGUCAAAUUUUCUAAUGCGAAAGAGUUUGCCAAAUUGGGAGGUUACCAAAACAAUCAUGACAAUGUUGUUGCCCGCACUCCAGCUAAGAAUGCAGAAAACCUUGAAAACUUGAAGCAAUCCGUGAUGGAGCUAGUACAUCCAAAAGACAAAGACUUUGUCAUUGAAUAUCUGAACAUCGAUCGCACCCAACACCGAACGAUUUUGGGAGAGAAAUCAAUCUUCAUCCAUGAUAUCGAGUCCAAGACCAACACGUGUUUCUACUUUCCUUCGACGGAAUCGGGAUCAUCUACCAUCGAAAUAUUCGGUCCACGUUCACAAAUUGCGAUUGCUAAGCAAAUGAUCAUGUCUCACAUUGGCCUUGAAGCAGACUGUCGAUUAGUGGCAACCACUGAGCUAUUGAAGGCCGUCGCGAGCGAAGAAUUCAACGACAAGGUUAUUCAGACUUGCAAGAAUCAUUGGAACGUCACCGUCUUGGUCAUUCAUGGUGGGGCUGAGGGCGAAGAAUUAACGGUCAAGUUCGGAUUGACUCGUGCGAAUGCUGAGAACUUGCAACAUGCGCGCGAGACUUUAGAAGCUUUCUUGAUCGAGAAGAAGAUUAACUUCCAUCGAGAGAGGGGCACGGCUGGGACGUACCACCGCCGUAACACUGUUACUAGCAUCAGCUCUCUCGAUCGUUCAACCAAUGGCUUUAAUACUUUCACUCCGCCCACACCCACCGACGCAGUGGGCUUCGGCACGAUCAACCGCCAUGGUAGCGAGAAAGACCUUCAAGGAUUGGUUGAUCGAACAAGUGGUCACUACCACUACCCUUCGUUAUCCUCCUCCACCAACUCAUCUUCCUCUUAUGCUUAUCAUCCGGCAAUGUCCAUGAACAGAUUAUACAAUCAGUUUGUUGGCCUCGAUGGGCACAUGGUCGGUGGACCCAACGGGCCGACCGCCAUCGGAGCCCCUGGUGGUGUUGACUGGACCUCGAUUCCCAGACAAAUGGUUAAAAAUAAUUACAACAGCACCAAUCCUCUCGCAAGCGGCGUAAACAUGUCUAAUGGCCCGAUUGGUAAACCCAUACAUGGUUCAUCAGUUUUAUCCACCCUCGAUGGCAAUUCAUACCCUAGUUUUAUUAAUCGAAAAAGCGCCAUCAGUCCACGAGCCCAAUCGCUCGACUUGGGUCGGCCUACAUUUGGAUCCGGAUCUCAAUUGAACAAAGAUUAUAAUUCUCAAGGAUUGUUCAACGCUGCCAACCCGAUUGCCGGUGAAUCACCCUCGCGUGGCCCUGCCAACAACCCUGCUGGACUUGGACAUCGUCAUCGGUUCAGUCAGGGCGGGCUCAACAAUUACUCCAGUGGUUUGAUGAAUGGAUUCGCCGGACUCAAUCUUGGCCUCUGA